AUUGUAAACUUGUAAGUUUAAAAGAUUAACCAACAAAAUGAAAUUAGUUGUAUUAUUUUUGAUAGCUGUAACUGCAGCUAAUGCAGCUGCUUUUAACAGAGAAAAAGUAUUAGUCUUUCACGUAGAUUGCGUAAAAGAUUCCAAGUAUUUAUCGCUGGUUGAAGGUUUGAUAGGAAAAUUCUCGGACGAUCCAAAAUUAAAAGAACAUAUUUUAUGGUUUGCCCAAAAGAUUGGCUUUAUCAAUCAAUUCGGUAAAAUUGAUGCUAAUGCUAUGGAAUCUAUCCUUAUAGAACUUGCUGGAAGUGAGGCUAGAGUCGACAAGGUAGUGGAUAACUGUGGAAAGGAUAUGAAUACGCCUACAGAUACAGCUGUUGAGUUAAUGAAGUGUUUGUUAGAGAUUAAAAAGUAAAUGAAGAAAAAUUAAGUUAGUAAAUUGUUAAUGGUAGUUGCUGUGGUAGUGAUAAAUAUAAUUUUUAAGAAAUUAUCUUUUUUUAUAAAAAAUAAAAACAAAAGAAAAUUACCAAAGUAUCAACAUUAUACUAAUGUAGUAAAUUCCAACGUAAA